CUCCUGAACCCUCAAGUUCCAACUAAGUUGACGACUCAUCUCAAGCGAAAUUUUGGUCAUCGCAGAGCAAUUCUGUUCAUCUCACUCUUUGAAAUUUUGCAAGUGGAAGUUCAUCUUAUUAGGUUGCUAUUAAUUCAAAAUGGCAGAGGUGGGAGUAUCUGUGGCAGCAAAACUUGCUGAAUAUUUGGUGGAUCCAACUUUACAGCAGCUGGAAUAUUUGUUCUGUGUCGGCAAAAUCACCAAAAAUGUCAGGAUAAAAAAGGAGAAGCUCAUGCUCACACAAGAGAGGGUGCAAGCACGUGUUCAAGAGGCCAUCAACAAGACUGAGAGGAUUGAUGGUGUGGUUAACAAGUGGAUGGAUGAUGUGCAGAGCCUCAUAGCAGACUUGGAGAAUUUGGAGGAAAAACUAAAGGUCAACAAUGGCUGCUUUAAAAGGUGGUGUCCUAUUUGGAGGAGAUAUUGUCUUUGCAAAGAGUUGGCCAAGAUAACUCAAAGGAUGGUAGUGCUAAAUACGGAAAGUGGUAAUCUUAAUCCAUUUUCUCAUCCUACUAUUAUCCCAGGUAUAGAGUAUCACUCUUCUCCCAAUUUUACGUUCUUCAACUCUACGCAAAGGGCUUUUGAUGAUCUGCUGGAGGCAUUGAAAGAUGAUGGCAAUUCCAUAGUUGGGCUAUGGGGCAUGGGCGGUUCAGGGAAAACCACCUUGGUGACAGAAGUAGGGAAGGAAGCCAAAGAAUCAAAGCUAUUUGAUCGAGUUGUGAAGAUUACAAUUUCUCAAAACCUGGAAAUCAGAAAAGUUCAAGGUGAAAUUGCUGACAUGUUUGGACUUGACUUGAAGGAAAAAUCUGAAAUUGGAAGGGCACAAAGAAUAGCAGAAAGAUUACAAAGUGGAGAACGGAUUUUGAUAAUAUUGGAUGAUGUAUGGGGUAAGCUAAAUCUUGAGGAUAUAGGGAUUCUCUUUGGGGGAAAUCAUCAAAGAAAUUGCAAAAUUGUCCUAACCACACGCCGAAAAGAGGUAUGUACAUUGAUGAAUUGUGGAAAUAUAAUUCGGUUAGACAUCUUAAAAGAAGAUGAAGCUUGGACACUAUUUCAAACUCAUGCUAAUGUUGAUGCUGGUGCUAAAGAAGUCGUGGCACGGGAAGUUGCUAAGGAAUGUAAAGGACUUCCCAUUGCAAUUGUAGCUGUUGGAACUUGCCUGAAAGCAAAAGGACUUGAUGAGAUGAAGGUGGUACUGCACAAGUUGAAGCAUUCAAAACCAAUAGACCAUGAGGAUAAAAGUGUGAGAGAUGCUUUUGCUUGUCUCGAACUAAGUUACAGUUAUUUGAAAUCCAAAGAAGCCAAGUCAUUAUUCUUGAUGUGUGCAAUGUUUCCUGAAGAUCAUAAAAUUGUCAUUGAAGACCUUUUUAGAUAUGGAGUAGGGUUGGACCUUUGCAAAGAUGUAGACUCAUUUGAAAUAGCAAGGAGCUAUGUUGCAACAGCCAUAGAAAUUCUUGUUGACUCCUCAUUAUUGAUGUAUUCUCCAAAUUUUAGAGGGGAAAGACAAUUGACAAUGCAUGACGUGGUUCGUGAUGUAGCAUUAUGGAUAGCAUCUAAUCAGGAUUGUGCCAUCAAGGUAAAUUGUACAAAAGAACUGGAAGAAUUUCUUGAUGAUGAUGUGGUAAAAGAUUGCUAUGCAAUAGGCUCAUGGUAUCAUCACAAGGAAUCACUUCAAUUUCCUUCUCAAUUGAAUGCUCCAAAACUUGAGAUUCUACUGUUACAUUCAACCUUAUCCUUGGAUUUAUCACAUGCUUCAUUUGAAGGUGCCAAAGGACUCAAGGUUGUGGCUAUUAUUAACAAAGGAUAUAGUCUUCCCUCAUUGAUGGUAAAGCCUCAAUCAAUCCAACAAUUGUCUAAUCUUCGGACUUUGAGGUUGCGAUGUUGGGAUUUAGGUGACAUCUCUUUUGUGGUAAGCCUUACAAGACUUGAAAUUCUUGACUUGCAAGGUAGUAAAUUUGAAAAACUUCCAAAUGGAAUUGAAAAAUUAAAGAAGUUGAAGUUGCUGGAUUUAUCAAAGUGUAAAAUAGAUGAGUGUUGUUAUGAAGUAUUAGGGAGUUGUUUGCAGCUAGAAGAGUUGUAUGUUUAUCCACAUUCUCCGCAUCCAAAAGGCAAAAGUUGCCAUGACUAUACUUUGGCGAAAUUGAAAAGGUACAAGUUAGACAUGGGGGAUCAUGGCUAUGACGUCGAAUUUUGGAAUGAAGGCACACAAUCUUUAUGCUUGGGUAAGCUAAAUAUCUCCAUCUUAGGUGAAAUAAUUAAGGAUCUUGUGCAAAGAGCAACUUCAGUUUAUUUUUACAAGCUUCAAGGAGGCUGCAAAACUUUCAUUCCUAAUGUAGUUCAAGCUGUGGGAGGCAUGAAUGAAUUAACUAAACUCCAUCUUGAAUGCUGUUCAGAGAUAGAUUGCAUUAUUGAUGAAACUACUCUUUGUAACAAUGUGGUUGUCCCAAAAUUGGAUGAGUUAAAAUUGAAGGAGUUGAAAUUGAAGGAUAUGGCUAAUCUAAAACAACUAUGCCGUGGUCCUUCUCGUCUUAGCUUGUUCCAACAGCUUGAAAGUCUAAGUAUAUCCAAAUGCCCUCAGUUGCUCCCCGUGUUCCUUGUCUCUGUUGCUCGCACUCUGUUGUCCCUAAAGAAGCUCGAGAUAAAGGAGUGUAGUGAAUUGAAGAAUGUAUUAGAGGGAGAGGAAGAACAAGCAUUGCGUGCUCAAAUUGAGACUUUGAUAGAGCUCCCUUGCUUGGAACAUCUCUUACUACAAAAUCUUCCAAAUCUUGUCAGGAUUUGCUCAGAAAGGUAUCAUCUAAGGUGCCCAUCUAUUAAGGAAGUAGUCUGCCAGGAUUGUCCAAAUAUGGAAUGGCAGGAAUUUAAGGGCCUUCAUUUGAGGAAUGAAGAAUACAAGCCACUGGCAGUUAUUGAAAAGAUUGAUCUUCAUAAUUGUGCAGUAGAAUCCAAUUUCUUCUGUCAGACUGGGAUUGAAGAACAUAUUCCAACAUUUCAAUACCUUAAAUCUUUAACUUUGAAAAGAUGUGCAAGAUUGAAAUUUGUGUUCUCUACUCAUAUUUGUCAAAGUCUUCCGAUGUUAGAUAAGGUAACCAUGUCUGAAUGUGAAGAAUUGGAGGCAAUUUUUCUAGGAAAUGAAGAAAAUGAGAAGAAUGUAUCCAUAACUGAAGCUUGUCUGCCGAAAUUGAGUUAUUUGGAAAUCGAAAGGUGCAACAAGCUGAAAUUCGUUUUAUCUUUCGUGAUCAAGGUUGCUACCUCGAUGCUUCCACAACUAAGCACUUUGACCAUAUCAAAUUCUUCUCAGUUGGAAGAAAUUUUCAGAUGCUCUAAUAUUGAAGAUCAUGACAUUGACAAUGAAAUGGAGGUUAUGUUCCCAAACUUGAAACAAGUAACACUUGUAAAGCUUCCAAGACUUGUUAAUGUUCGCCAAUGGUUUAAGCUGCAGAGAGGGGAAUUUUGCCUCGUCUACAUUCAUGAAUGCCCAAAAUUUAUGCCAAUCACGAGUGCAACUAUUAGGAGGUGGACUAAAGAGAGACUUAAAAGGAAGUAUGUGUUGAAAUGGAGCCAAUUAAAUAAUAAUGAAGCUCACAAUCUUCCACUCCCUGUUUUAAAUGUUGGAGAACUUGAUAUUCAAAGUCCUGAAGUUGAUGAUGAGGUUCAAGUCAUGGGUGAUGAUGACCAAGAAGAAACCAAGGAUUCAGAAAUGUUGAGAUCGGAACAACGCAUGCUUGGAGGUCUUGUUCCCACCCAAGUUUUGAGCUUUCAAUAUCUCCAUUCCUUAGAAAUGGUUCGAUGCAAAAAGUUGAAAUUUUUAUUCUCAAUAAGAACCAUUGUUCAUAACAGCCUUUCCAAUUUGAGUUCCCUGACUUUACGUGACUGUGAGGAAUUGGAGGAAAUAAUUCAAGAUAACGAGGAACAUCAGGUCAUGUCUAAUGAUCAAGUUCACUUCCCAAAACUAGGACAGUUGAAGGUUCAGAGGUGCGACAAGCUCAUAAGACUCUUCCCUAUAUCCAUGUCCACUAGUUUUCCACAACUACACUCUUUGCGUGUAAAUGGGGCUGAUCAAUUAGAGGUGAUUUUUGGAGACAGUAGUGAAGAUGCAGCCAACUACAGUGGGAAAAUUGUGCUUUCAAGCUUGAGGGAGAUAGAGCUUGAAAAUUUGCCAAAUUUCAUCAAUGUUUGUCAAGGGAUGCAAAUUCAGAUGCAACUGAGUGAGAUCCGCAUACGGAACUGCGCCAAAUUUCAUGAUUCAAGUUUGGGAUGGGCUCUUCAACAAUUGGGAACAAUUUCGACAGGGGAAUUUCGCAAAUUCGAGGUUCAUGAAUGCCCAAAAUUUAUGCCAAUUAUGAGUGCAACUAUUAGGUGGUUUCUUGGGAGACUUAAAAGGAAGUAUGUGUUGAAAUGGAGCCAAUUAAAUAAUAAUGAAGCUCACAAUCUUCCACUCCCUGUUUUAAAUGUUGGAGAACUUGAUAUUCAAAGUCCUGAAGUUGAUGAUGAGGUUCAAGUCAUGGGUGAUGAUGACCAAGAAGAAACCAAGGAUUCAGAAAUGUUGAGAUCGGAACAACGCAUGCUUGGAGGUCUUGUUCCCACCCAAGUUUUGAGCUUUCAAUAUCUCCAUUCCUUAGAAAUGGUUCGAUGCAAAAAGUUGAAAUUUUUAUUCUCAAUAAGAACCAUUGUUCAUAACAGCCUUUCCAAUUUGAGUUCCCUGACUUUACGUGACUGUGAGGAAUUGGAGGAAAUAAUUCAAGAUAACGAGGAACAUCAGGUCAUGUCUAAUGAUCAAGUUCACUUCCCAAAACUAGGACAGUUGAAGGUUCAGAGGUGCGACAAGCUCAUAAGACUCUUCCCUAUAUCCAUGUCCACUAGUUUUCCACAACUACACUCUUUGCGUGUAAAUGGGGCUGAUCAAUUAGAGGUGAUUUUUGGAGACAGUAGUGAAGAUGCAGCCAACUACAGUGGGAAAAUUGUGCUUUCAAGCUUGAGGGAGAUAGAGCUUGAAAAUUUGCCAAAUUUCAUCAAUGUUUGUCAAGGGAUGCAAAUUCAGAUGCAACUGAGUGAGAUCCGCAUACGGAACUGCGCCAAAUUUCAUGAUUCAAGUUUGGGAUGGGCUCUUCAACAAUUGGGAACAAUUUCGACACGGGAAUUUCGCAAAGUCGAGGUUCAUGAAUGCCCAAAAUUUAUGCCAAUCACGAGUGCAACUAUUAGGCGGCUUAAAGAGAGACUUGAAAGGAAGUAUGCAUUGAAAUGGAGCCAAUUAAAUGAUAAUGAAGCUCUUAAUCUUCCACUCCCUAUUUUAAAUGUUGGAGAACUUGAUAUUCAAAGUCCUGAAGUUAAUCAUGAGUUUCAAGUCAUGGGAGAUGACUACCAAGAAGAUGAUGACCAAAAAGAAACCAAUGACUCAAAAAUGUUGAGAUCGAAAGAACAAAUGCUAGGAGGUCUUGUUCCCACACAAGUGUUAAGCUUCCAAUAUCUCCAUUCCUUAAAAAUGAUUAAAUGCAAGAAAUUAAAGUUUUUAUUCUCAAUAAGCACCAUUGUCCAUAACAGCCUUCCCAAAUUAUGUUCCCUUUCCUUAUCUGAUUGUGAGGAAUUGGAGGUUAUUUUUGGACAUGGUGGUGAAGAUGAAGCCAACUAUAGUGAGAACAUUAUGCUUUCAAGCCUAAAGAAGAUGAAUCUUGAAAAUUUACCAAAUUUCAUCAGUGUUUGUCAAGGGAUGCAGAUUCAGGUGCAACUGAGUGACAUCUACAUAGACAACUGCCCCAAAUUUCAUGAUUCAAGUUUGAAAUCGGCUCUUCAACAAUUGGGAACAAUAUCGUUCUCGCAGGUUUCUACAGAAAAUUCAAAAUUCCAACCUAUAGCAGAUGUUAGAAAACAAUUGCCUGUAGAUGAAGAAAAAGGGAUGAUCUUGACCUCAAGAGUAGAAUCCUUGGAUUUGAUAGAUUCAACCAACCUCGUGUGUGUAUGGGAGGGUCCCACUUUCAUCAGCUUCCAAAAUCUUGAGACGUUAAAGGUGAAAGGAUGCAAGAAAUUGAAGUGUAUCUUUUCCAACACUGUCGUCAGAAGCCUUCCAUGUUUGUGGAGGCUAUACAUAUCAGAAUGUGAAGAGUUGGAGGAAAUAAUGUCAUCAGAGCCUCACUUUCCAAAUGCAUCCUCUUCUUCCUGCUGUUGCUUCCCAAAACUUGAAAUGCUUGAUGUCAUUAAAUGCAGAAAGUUGAAAUGGCUCUUCCCCUAUCUGCCCUCUACUCAACAUCUUCCAUCAUUGACUUAUCUAAACAUAACACAGUGCUCUGAGCUGGAGGGAGUUUUUAGUUGUGAAGUUGAAAUCCAAGAGGAAUGGUUCUACAACAGCCUACUUCCAGAGCUAGUAGAUCUUAAUGUUGAGGAUUGCCCCAUGUUCUCCGAAACCACAUACGCAGCUAUUAAAACCUCCAUACGCAGGCAUGCAUAUUUGAUAGCAUGAGAGCUUUUUCUCUUCCCUGGUGACUGUCGGUGGGAGGAAUGACAAUAAUGCGAAGCCAUAGAUGAUGACAAUCAAGACUCUGCUGUUACGGUGGUGGAUCCGAUUAAUAUUUGUGAUAAUUGUCGUCCAAUUUUUGUAUCCUUCAUUUUCACAUAAAUUAAGAUUACCAUUUCAUGUACUGCUUUAAUAUCUUCAAUCGCUUUCUACUUUGCACGCCCAGAGACACAAGAAGAAGAAGUUUACUAUAUGUGAUUGUGAACAAAUAGUCUUAACAAGUACGUUCUAGUAUUACAUCAACUUCUGACUUUGACUACUCUUUAUUUAUCUGUGAAUAUAAUAAUCGUCGAUUCAUUUUCA